AGAAGCCGUUCGAUUCUGUGGAUCCACCCGAAACCCGAUCAUCGUCUUCCUCCCUGCUUAGGCUAAGAUCAAGCCCUAGGGAAACCAGUGUCCGAACCGUCAAUGGAUCUCCUGAAAGAAGAACUUCUGAAGAAGCGCCAGAGCCUGGCCGCUGAAACCGGCGGCAAACGCGUAUUCAAGCGCUCCGAAAUCGAACAGAAACGAAUCCAACAGCUUCGGGAGCAAGAGAAACGCGAACUCGAAGCCAAAUCUCUCCGCCAAUCCGGAAAUUCAUCCUCAAAUGCUACUCCAUCCAGCAAAUCAAACGCCUCUACCUGUACCGCCGCUGCCACGACCACCUCUUCAACCACCACCGGGAGCAAAUCCCUUCUCGACGAGCAGAAUAUUGACAACCUAGACCUCCCGAAGCAAGAAGUUAUCCGCCGUCUCCGAUUCCUGAAACAACCCAUUACGCUCUUUGGUGAAGACGAUGCUGCUCGUCUCGAUAGAUUGAAAUAUGUCUUGAAAACCGGGCUUUUUGAGGUUGAUAGUGAUAUAACGGAAGGUCAGACCAAUGAUUUCUUGAGAGAUAUUGUAGAGCUGAGAAAGCGGCAGAAGACGGGGAUGCUAAGCGACAGGAAGAGGAAGGAUAGGGAAGAAGGUGGAGGAGAGGAUGGCGAGGGAGCUGGAGGGGAGGAGGAAUUGAGUGGUGAUGGUGGGUCGAGUGGCGUCGAUAUGGAUAAGGAUUUAAAAAGGAUGAAGGCAAAUUUCGAUGAGUUAUGUGAUGAAGAUAAGAUUUUGGUGUUUUUCAAGAGGUUGUUGAAUGAAUGGAAACAGGAGCUGGAUGAGAUGCCGGAGGCUGAGAAGAGGACGGCUAAAGGGAAGUCCAUGGUCGCCACAUUUAAGCAGUGUGCUCGAUAUUUGAAUCCAUUGUUCAAGUUUUGUAGGAAAAAGGUUCUUCCUGAUGAUAUUCGUCAAGCAUUACUUUUGGUGGUUGAAUGCUGCAUGAAGCGAGACUAUCUUGCUGCGAUGGACCAUUACAUUAAGUUGGCCAUUGGUAAUGCACCCUGGCCAAUUGGUGUCACUAUGGUUGGUAUCCAUGAACGUUCAGCUCGUGAGAAGAUCUACACCAACAGUGUUGCCCACAUUAUGAAUGAUGAAACAACUCGUAAGUACUUGCAAUCAAUCAAAAGGUUAAUGACCUUUUCCCAACGUCGUUAUCCAACAGUCCCAUCCAAAGCAGUUGAGUUCAACAGCUUGGCAAACGGUAGCGAUUUGCAGUCACUGCUAGCAGAAGAGAGAGUUCCUGGGAGCAAUCAGCCCUCAGAGGAGAGGCUUAGGCUAAUGUCUGCUCCCUGGGAAAGCUAGGUUUCUUUUACAUGAUUAAUUGUAACAUUGUGUUUGUUGAAUGUCUUGGGGAUGGAUCAUAAGCCAGGCUCUUAACCGUUUAUAAUUUUGACAAUUUGUAUGUUUUGUUAUUAGUUAGAGGUUUCUUUCUGUGAUAUCUUCCAAUUCUCUGAUGAAAUGCUGGAUGCUGAUCGUUUGAACAAAUAUGAUAAACAAAU